AUGAGAGCUUUGCCAGCGGAAGAGAAGGCCAAGAUUGAACAGCUGACCGAGGGUCUGAAACUGGAGAAGAAGAAACUGGAACGAGAGUUGACCAAAUGGGAUGAGAGUGGAAACGAUAUCAUUAUCUUGGCCAAAAAGAUGUGCAUGAUGAUGAUGGAAAUGUCUGAUUUCACAAGGGGUACCGGACCAUUGAAAACCACCAUGGAUGUCAUUGAUGCUGCCAAGAGAAUUGCUAAAGCUGGAAGAAAGAUGAAUGAAAAAGCUACGGAAAUAGCACGGAGGUGUCCCGACUCAAGUUCCAAGAAUGACUUGAUAGCGUACAUACAGCGCAUAGCACUGUAUUCUCAUCAGCUGACCAUCACAGCUAGAGUGAAGGCCGAUGUGCAGAUGAUCAGUGGAGAGCUUGUCGUGUCUGGGUUGGACAGUGCCACAUCUCUAAUCACAGCUGCCAAGAAUCUUAUGAAUGCUGUCAUCUCCACAGUCAAGGCAUCUUAUGUUGCUAACACCAAGCACAAGUCAGGAGAAGCGAGGACUUCCAGUGUCACAUGGCGCAUGCGUGCACCUGAGAAGAAACCCCUGGUUAACCUUGAUAAAGAUGACCGCAUACCGCAAGUACAGCGGGCCGAGAAAGUGAAGCAAGAGUCUCCGAUACAAGCUCUGUCGGAAUUCGACACUUCGGAGAUAAAACGACAGCCCGACUUCUACUAG